CAAAGACAAGGGGGAGGCUAGGAGGGAGCAAUGAUCCCUCUGCUGCUGUGGCUACUGGCCCUUCAACUCUUGCAAACAGGUACCUCAGCCCAACAGGAGCGAAAUGGGGUUGUGGGGGGUUCAGUCACCCUCCUCCUGGACGUUCCGGCUGAGUGGCACAUCACGAGCGUCGUCUGGACCUCCAACGUGCCCAUCGCCACGGUGACCGCAGGAGGAUCAGAAGACCCCCAUAUCAUCACCGUAACUCAGCGAUACAAGGGACGACUGAGCGUCUCCACCGACUACUCCCUGACAAUCAGCAACCUGAGUCUGGAGGACACGGGAACCUACAGAGCUGACGUCCACACUGCUGACACCACCACCACUACCACCAGCCAGUUCUCCCUGCACGUCUAUGAGCUGCUGGGGGAACCCUCAGUGACGGUGAAGUCCACAGCGUCUGACAAGGGUGUCUGUACCGUCACCCUGACCUGCUCCAUGGCUGGGGAAAUGGACAACAUGACUUUGAGCUGGACGCCCCUGGGGCCCGAGACCACCGAGUCCCCCGAUGGCUCCAUCCUCAGCAUCACCCGGAGGUCUGGAGACCCUCAGCAAGAUUACACAUGCACGGCCACAAACCCUGUCAGUGACAACUCCCACGCUGUCUCCGCUGACCAGAUCCUCUGUCUAGAUCAACAAGAUUUGAACUCAACAGAAUGGAGCCUUUCCACCCUUACUGUGAUUCUGAUAGUGAUAGUGAUAGCAGCAGCCAUCUUGAUCGGGAUCAUCGUGUGCUUGUUUGUGCGCUUUUACAUAAACAGAAAAAGAAAAGAAAAGAUAAAGAAAAGAAAGAAAAGGCAAGAAAUCCUGCUGUUCCCAAUCCACUCCAUGGAAAGAGCCCUGACCAAAACCCAAAGCAGCGAUUUACUCAACCAUCCAGCCAACCCAGAAGGUGGAGAGCACCCCCAAUCCCUAAACCCGUUGACCUAAGAGCAGAACAUGUGAGCAGCAGCGUGGCCCGGGCUCACCCCAGAACCUGAGGCAACACUUGGAUAACAGAAAGACCAUCAAGACAGCCCAGCAGACGGCAGGAAAGCAACCAUGGCCCCAGGUGGGAGCGGCCCUCACGAUUCCUGGCACCUGCGGCUGACCCAGGAGCCUCGAAGGGCAAAUACCAGAAGCACAGAAGCAAAAUUCUCCAUUUUCACAGACUGAGACCCACCCCAGUCCACCUUAGCCUUGGACAACCUGCUCCUUGUGACUCAGAAUCCCCAUUUACGAUCCUGCCCUUCUGGAGGGGGCCCUGAUGCUCCCAAAAGAACCUCCCCACCCAAGGACCUGACUUUGAAGAUGCUUCCCUAGCCACACUCCAGACUUGUCCAAGGACAGUCCCUAGUCCUUCUCGUCCUCCACAGAUGGUGGUGUGGAGACGUGAGCCACUUGCCUCCAUUUGCUGAAAGGACAUGCUGCGUGAAUGUCUGGAAAGAAGUGAGACCACUUUAACUCCACAUCUUCUACUCUUUCCCACCCAAUUCCUAAGACUCAUGGGUAAAAAAGUAAUGGAUUCAUUUGUAUUGAUAUAAACAGAAAUUCCUCACCACCAGUUUUAAAACUCUGUCACCUUGCCCGCUCCUUCUUCACCUCUCUGAUUUCCUACCUCCCCCAGGAUGAACAUGUGAUGCGAAGGGACAAGGCUGUCUCUGUUCAAGCAAGGAGGCCUGAGUCAUAUCCUGCACUGAUUGAUUGAUCAUAGCUUGAACUUCCUCUAGACUGUAAUCUCGUUAUAGGCAGUGAACGUGUCUACCAAUUCUGUUGUAGUGUGCAUUCCUAAGUGUUUGGCCCAGUGCUCUACAGAUAGUAAACACCCAGUGAAUACCA